AUGGACGACAUCCACCCCGAGAAGCAGAUCAUGUUCGAGAACACGUACAUUCUCGAGCCAGAAGGCUACGGCGAGGGACAAAAGUUCCUCCGGCACGAAGUCCUCGCCAUCCUGCAGGACGUGAUCGACUCGAACGUCAAGGGACAGGUGUACGACGCGAGGAAGGCGCCGAACUUCAGCAAGAUGCUCGCUGACACGGUGUUGGCCCGCGUGAAGGAUCUGGGCUACACCAGGUACAAGACGGUGUGUCAGGUGACGGUCGGGGAGCGGAUCGGGCAGGCCAUGCGCGUCGUGUCGCGGUGCUUGUGGGACACGAAAACGGACAACAGCGCGUCGCUGUCGUACGAGUCCCAGAACCUGUACGUAGUGCUGCAAGUGUUCGGCGUGUACCUCGAGUGA